UUUUUGAAAAAGAACAAUAACUGGCGUGGCAAUCAUCUUCAAGACACGGGAAAGAGUACUAGGUACGAACAGUCAAAGUAGACUGCAUGUGAGCAAAGACAGAUUCUUUGGAAAGAUACAAUGUCACCGGCCGGGCUACAGGGAAUAAAGAAGCGCACGCCUCUUCAGCCAUAACACCUGAACUACUAUGGAUGGGGGAUGGCAGUUGCAAUGCCCUUCAGGUUGAUGCAUGCUUACUCUUGCAUAUGGCCUCUGAUCUGCACAAGCCUUUGAGCAUUACAUGGGUGAGGCCAUUGCACGCGCAGCUGGAUCUCCACCCAAAUUACGCUAGGCUCUAUGGAUCCGGAGAGUCCUACCGGGAUAAUCUGCUCCAAUGCUGCAUUGCAGAAAGAGUUGCGCUGCCCCAGCCUUGCCGUGGCUGCCUUCUACGACACCAUGGAACGGCAGGUAUGGUUGGGGAACGCGCUGCUGCUCACGGGCACUGCCAUGACCGGGGUCAUGGUUGGGAUAGGCAGCUACGGUCGGCGCUACCGCCACCAUCGCUUCACCCGCUUCAUCUUCCUCGGAGCCAACACGCUGUUCCUGCCUGUCAUCUCCUACGUCGUCUCCACCCUCGGCGACAACUCCAAUGAUUACGUCAACCUGCACAAGGACCGCAUGACGACCUUGGCCGCGUUGUGCGACUCGGUGUUCCACCCCUGCAUGAUCAUAACAUGGGCGUUCCUUUUUCAGAUUGCAGCGAUCAAUACUACCUCAGUGGUCGCCAUUGAUAGCAGAGAAGGCCGUAGGGUUCGGCCUCCUCCGGAGCUACUUCUCAAGGGGGUCUGGAUCUUCUACCUGGGUGCCAGCAUCACAAAGAAACGUUUCUUCCAUGGGCUCUUCCGGUUCUCACCUAGUGAAGACCAUGGACCGCUCACCCUCAUCUGUUCAAAGAUUAUGUUCACUCCCUUUGCUCUCCUGUGUGCCAAAAUUUGGCUCAAGUGUUACUCAUUUGGAAAGGCCCGGAAAUCCUUUGCACUAGGACGCAAUCCUGAUCUUGUUUUUGGGUACAUGCAGCAGCUACAGCAGCAAGGGAGACGCGGAUGGAAUGGUGAGGAUGCACUUCCUCCUGCUCUCUUGGUUAUGGGAGAAGGCAGUAGGAAAGUGGAGAAGCAACCUUGGGGGUAUGUGUUCAGCGAGACAUGGACACCGGCCAUUGACAGCGCUGGCUUGGUGACCCUUGACAGAGUUUGGCAGUUGGACAAGAGGCUGCCGACAUCGACGCCAAAACCAAAAGACCUAUGCCUGUCCUUUUCAUUGUUCAAGCUGCUGAGGUGUCGAUUCGCGAGGUACGACCUUGCCAAUGUUGGGCUCAAGUUCUUCUGGAGCUUGUUGCUGAAGGACGGUGAGCAUGACAGGGUGUUCAGGGUAAUUGCAGACGAACUCUCAUUCCUUAACGAUUACUAUUACUCAUCACUUGCAGUAUCCUACUCCAGGUGUUUGCUACCUAUCCUGAGCAUCCUGAUCUCACUCUUGAGCAUAGGCUACUGCGUCGUGGCUGCAUACUUCAUCGUUGUGUUCGCAUCUCAGGUGCACAAGCAAGGCCGCAAUCAGAUCCACUGUGCGUUCUGGUGCAAUAAGCUGCAGGUGGUAAGCAAAUCACGAUCUAAAAGAUUUGGGAGCUUGUACUUCGAUGUGAUACCGGAAUUUCUGCUUCUUAUUUUGGUCCUAAUUGCUGAGGUGAGGGACGUGACUUCCUACAUCUGCUCCAACUGGACCAAAGUAGCCCUCAUAUGCCACUGUGUAAAAACUGCCGCUUUGCAACAUCCACUGGGAGUGCCUAAAUGGAUUGUUAGCCUUCUGCUGCAGUGCAGAUGCAAGAUAACGAAUCACUGGGAUGAAAAAAUAGGCCAGUGUUCAGUACUGGUGCUUCAGCCAACUGCAAGGACAACCCUGGUUAGUCUUCUCAGUCGUCUCUUCCAUUUGCCAGAUCAGAAGACAAGGGUCGAGGUGCCAGAGGCAGUGAAGGUUUGCGUUAUGGAUGCUCUUAGAAGCGCUGCCAGCAGCAACGGGUGCCAAGUAGGCAAUGGCACAACAUCUCUGCACCGGAGCCAAGUUGGACAAGGCUUCCUCUGGGCCUGCAAUGGCAAGAGCACAUCUGACACCAUACUUACAUGGCACAUUGCCACAUCCAUCCUUGAGGUGAAGCACCCUUUUCGGCAUGAUGAUCAAGAGCAUGGUUCUUCUCCCGUUUCAGAUCAACAUAAGAUUGCUGCCACUCACCUGUCACGGUACUGUGCGUACCUUAUGACCUGGUCCCCGGAGCUUCUUCCUGAGGAGGAAGCAUGGAGCAAGGGCCUGUAUGAGGCUGUCAAGGAGGACACGGAGCACAUCCUCGCCGACCGUGCCAUGUCAGGGCCUCCAUUUACAGCUGAAGCUGAGUACCAGGAUCUGGUGAAGUUGCUAAGCGAAGGCUCAAACCAUUCGGUGGUGAAGAAUGGCGUGCAGCUCGGAAAGCAGUUGGUGGAGUUGGUUGAGGGCGAGGAGACAGCAUGGGCGAUCCUAGCUGGCUUCUGGGCGGAGAUGAUCCUGUACAUCGCGCCGUCAAACAACUUGAAAGGGCACAGGAAGGCCAUCGCCCGUGGCGGAGAGCUGAUCACACUCCUCUGGGCACUGCUCUUCCAUGCUGGGAUCGUUAGUAGGCCGGGUGAAACCGACGGUGCUGCCACGGCUGGUGGUGGUGUGUAAUGGUCUAUUAUUGGUGGUUUCUUUCUAGCGUGCAAGCAUGCUUCAAGGUUGGUAUUGUUGAUAUAGUUUAGUUUGCUUUUCUCUCUUGUAUAGCUGUGUAAAUCCUGAUAAUACAGAGGCCCUGAAUACGAUUCAAGAAAUUUGUAUCA